UCGCCAUCUCAAAAUUCCAAUCUCAAUCUUCUCUCGCUAGCUAGCUACCCAGAACGACCUGAUCUCCUUCAUUGUCUCCGCCGCCCGCCACCGCGAACGGUACCGGAAACAACCAGUCUGCUGCACAUGGGAGAUCAUCAUCCGAAGUCGCCGAGGACAACAAAUAAUUUUUACAACGUCCUUGGGAUCUCCAGAGCCGCAACACUUGUCGACAUUUGCAAAGCGUACAAAUGCCUUGUCCGGAAAUGGCACCCUGAUCGGAAUAGUCUCAACCGCGAUGAAGCUCAGGCCAAGUUCACCUGCAUUAAUGAAGCCUAUAGGGCUCUUAGUAUGAAAAAGAGAGAAGAAGCGAGCAGGGGUUCGUGGGACGGGGAAGAGCAGAAAUCACCGAAAAAUUCGGAGCAGAAAUCACCGAAAAAUUCGGAGCAGAAAUCACCGAAAAAUUCGGAUCUAGAGGAGGAAGGCGGGGAGCAAGAGUUCGUGAUUUCCAGCCCCAGGCUCCUGUCUCGGACCACCAGCCGAAUCGCGCCGGAAAUUAGCCGGAAAGUGUCGAAGAGCGCCACCCGGAGGAGCAGGACGGCGACGCGGCAGGACUUUUAUACGCAUAUACAGAGAACGACGUCGGCAUCUUGGGCAGCUAGCAGCGGAGGAAACACCCCUUCGCCGCCGCGGCAGGACUUUUAUACGCAUAUACAGAGAACGACGUCGGCAUCUUGGGCAGCUAGCAGCGGAAGAAACACCCCUUCGCCGACGCGGCAGGACUUUCAUACGCAUAUACAGAGAACGACGUCGUCAUCUUGGGUACCUAGCAGCGGAGGAAACACCCCUUCGCCGACGCUUACUACCCCGACGGCGGACCUGAGCCUUCAUUCCAAGGUGACGGGCAAAAAAAACAGCACGCCGAUUAUCUACUCGCAGUCGAUUGCUCGGAGAAAGCCGCAGCCGGUGGAGAAGAAGCUGGACUGCACGCUGGAGGAGCUGUGCCAUGGACGAGUUAAGGUGGUUAAGAUUACAAGAGAGGUCAUUUCAAGCUCUGGGCUAAUUGUUCGAGAAGAGGAGUAUGUAACAAUAGUAGUGCAGCCAGGGUGGAAGAAGGGGACAAAGAUUACAUUUGAAGGGAAGGGAGAUGAGAGGCCAGGCAUGCUCCCAGCCGAUGUAAUCUUCUCUAUUGAAGAAAAGACACACCCUGUGUUCAAGAGGGAAGGUGAUGAUUUGGAGCUAGGAGUUGAGAUCCCUUUGGUGCAAGCUCUCACCGGCUGCACAAUAACAGUGCCCUUGCUGGGAGGUGAGAGCAUGACUCUGGAAUUGGAUGACAUCAUUUAUCCUGGAUAUGAAAUGACUGUCCCCGGCCAAGGCAUGCCUAAACCCAAGAAUCUUGAAGGCCAGAGAGGAGACCUUCUGCUCAAGUUUCUCGUCGACUUUCCUACAGAUUUGAGCGAUGAACAGAGAGCAGAAGCUGCAAGAAUACUACAAGAUUGUUGCUGAUGAGGUUAUUCCCCGGGGGGAUAUAGAGUUGUCCCUCCCGAAGGAUAAAAAUUUAACCGGGGAACUGGAUAGGGUGGGGGUUGAAGUAUAAUGUACAUCCAUGGUAGUUUUAGCU